GGUACUUCAAUGCUGUGAGUGUUGAUGAGCUCCUGUUUCUGUCGUAUACAGAGGUUGGAUGUAAAUAUUAAUUCAGAGCGUGAAGAGACAGAAACGUGUUGGACACGUGAAGGCGAGGGAUGGGGACAACCCUGCAAGACUUCAGGAGACUCUUGGAUGAUUGUGAACUGUUCAUUUUGGAGAUCCUUCAAGAGGAAAACCUCAGCGAAAGUGCAGAAGAAACACGACAGGUCCUUCUGAACAACUUCAGAGUUGUUCAUGCAAGGAAUCCUCAAGAAUUCCCCUUGCGAUUGGACUUCAGGGAGGAAGAUGUUUCUGAUGAUAACCGCAGUCCCAGCUUGGGUCGCUCUGCCCCUUCAGACGACGCUUCAGUGGCUUCUGACUACCAGGAUGAUGUAGUUCCAGAGUACUUGGAGGACAACAUCCCAGUGGCAGCCCAAGACCUCACCAACAUCCUGAAGCAAGGCUACCUAGAAAAGAAGCGAAAAGAUCACACCUUCUUUGGACCAGAGUGGCAGAAGAGAUGGUGCGUCCUCAACAACUCCAUAUUUUACUACUUUGGGAGCGAAAAAGAUAAACAGCAGAAGGGUUCGUUUUAUAUCGGAAAUUACAGCGCACAGCUGGUGCCCAACCUGAGAAAAGACUCCAAAAAAAAGUGUUGCUUUGAGCUCACGGCUCAAGGACGACGGGCUUUCCAGUUUGCUGCCAGUAAUCCCCAGGAAGCCAAAGAGUGGGUGGACCAAAUCAAUUUUGUUCUAAAAGAUCUGAGCUCCACCAUCAUUCCUGUGGAUGACGAUGAAGAUGAGGAAAACUACGAUGAUAUUGAGCCUAACAGUCCUUUGCAGCAGCCAAACAUCCCCCAGAACAGCAAACAGGGCGGAGAGGAGGACUGGGAGGCCAAGGAUGAGAGCGAGGAAAUCUACGAGGAGCUGCCAGAGGAGGAUUUCCAAGACUCUCUGAAUGAGAGCUUCGAGAACAGCGGAUCAGACUACACCUCAGACUAUGCUAACUACUAUCAAGGUAUAUGGGAUUGCGAGGCUGACGAGCCAGAUGAGCUGGACUUUCAAAGAGGAGAUCUCAUCCACAUCAUCAGCAAGGAGUACAACAUUCACGGCUGGUGGGUGGGUGAGCUGAACGGCACAGUUGGUAUUGUUCCAAAGGACUUCCUGCAACCUGCCUACAUCCUCUGAGCUGCAACAGGACUGCUGCCGACACAUCCAGAUAUAUUCAGAAGACAAACUAUGGUUCACUAUGUAAAUUCAUAUUUUUCUCCCUUUCAGACUAGAAAUAUCAUUUUGUACCCAUAAACCUUUUCUAAAGCACAUUUAUGUUCCGCAAACAUUUGAUUUUUUUCCAAGUCUUUCCAGUAAAUGAUUUUUU